CUGCAUAAAUAGGCAGCCAGCCAGUGGCAGCCCACACACAGACCCCAUCUCACCUACAGCUCUGGUCUCACCCUCAACUCAGCCACAGCCAUGGCUCAGACCCUGGCUCUGAGCCUCCUUAGCCUGGCCCUGGCUCUCUGCAUCCCCUGGACCCAAGGCAGUGACGGGGGAGGUCAGGACUGCUGCCUCAAGUACAGCCAGAGGAAGAUCCCCUACGGCAUUGUCCGAGGCUACAGGAAGCAAGAGCCAAGCUUGGGCUGCCCCAUCCCAGCAAUCCUGUUCUCGCCCCGGAAGCACUCCCAGGCUGAGCUCUGCGCAAACCCAGCAGAGCCCUGGGUGCAGAAGCUCAUGCAACGGCUGGACCAGCCUCCAGCCCCACGGAAACAGAGCCCGGGCUGCAGGAAGAACCGAGGAACCUCUAAAUCUGGCAAGAAAGGAAAAGGCUCCAAAGGCUGCAAGAGGACUGGACAGUCGCAGACUCCCAGAGGGCCGUAGCCGAUGGCCAGCCUGGAGCCCAGGAGAUCCUCCGUGAGCGUCACCACCGCUUCGCGCUCCAAUGCACCUGCAAAGAG